AUGGUGCGAAAGAGCCAAGACGAUAGAGCCAUUUUGCUCGCUAUUGGAGGCAACAAUCGUCGAACUGCAUCGAUUCGAGCAAAAGGUUACUCGACGCUUUUCGUGCUGCUCAAGGAGGACCUGAACGACGUCAUCAAAUACUACCCACAGGCUCAAAUUCUUCUCAAGAAAAGGGCUGCACAAAUGCUGAAAAACGAUAAGAAGACAGAGACGACAACCGUGGAGGAACGCGGUCUACAAGAGACUUGCAAGCUUUCACUAGGUCUUGCAACUCCUCGUAUGCUACGUGUUGUCGCUGAAGUGUUGAGUCCAGAUAAGAGCUCGACAGACAAAAAACGGCGUCAUUCAAUGUAUCCCUGGUCAACCAUACAUCGCGACGACCUUUCCGAUGAUUCGGCAUUUGAAGGAGGCUCGGAAGACGAUGAGAGUAUUCUGGACAACGAUGAGGCGCAGGAAGAGCCCCAGUAG